GUGCCCGGUCUGGCAACAUUAUUUAGUACAAAUGUUGUUUAUAUUUUUUCUUGUUUAUAUUUUCAAUUUUCUAUUUUUCUACUUUUUCGUAUAUUUAUCAACUUUUCUAACACACGAAAACGUCAGCCAUAAAGUUUUUAGAUUUCGGGAAGAGAAGCGCUUUAAUUUUCUUCCAAAUUUUUUAUAUAACGUCAAUAAUUAGUGCAUAAUUACAAGAAAAAUAUAGGCAAAAUCUAAUCAAGUCAUUGUUAAUCCAUUAACAUUCGUAUUUGGUCCAGUUUAAACAAAAAAUUGAGAAAUCUUUGAAGAAGCAGAAAAGCCCGUGUAACAAUUUUCAAUUGUUAUUAAUUUUGCAGAUAGACUUUUGAAAGUUCAAUGUACAAAUUUACACAUUUCGACAAAAAGCUUUGCAGAUUUCUGCGGCACAAAUUCGAUCUUGCCGUGGACGACUGCGACGUCUACUCAAUUUGGCAUUUUUGUCCAGGCACUCGUUGGAGAGCGAUCAAAAACUUUUUACUGGAGAGUUCGCUGUGUCAAGCUGAGUGGUUUCCUGUUAUCUAUUGGGUGGUGCUGGCGAUCAGCACGCUUGGAUCGUUUUAUAGUCUCAGUGAGUUUACCAGCCUUUAUUGGGGUGGACGCAAACGUGUCUCUAUGUGGCGCUCUCGUAAAUACUAUGUCAUACCCUAUUCGGUGUUGCGAAAAUGUCGCCUGGUUGGGUCUUUGGUGAUGCUCAACGCUUGGUUGCUGCUUUGGUAUGCAGUUAUUAAUGUUUCGCCAGGUCACAUGACGCCUUGGCUUACCAUCAAUAUGUUUGUGUUGAGCUUUGAACUGAUGGCUUGGCUGGUGGAGGUAUUGGUUGGCGCCACCAAAUUGGAUCUGCACACGCUCUUCACCUUUUGCCUCCCGGUGGCGAAUUACUUGUUUGUGCGUUGUGUGCGCAAUGUUUUCCAGAAUGCCAUCGAAACGAACGAUGUCGACGAUUUGCGGCUGUGGAAGCGUGGCUUCAAGUGAUUUCAUAGUGUCGUGUUUAUAUCCCUGUAGACAUACAUAUAUUUGCUUACAUAGCCGGGGAAGCAGUGUUACCCAUAUAUUCGUGUGUAUUUGGUCACUUUCUAGUAACUGUAUAUUUCAUUUUGUUAUUUGUAUGUGUAACCGAGCAGGGUCUGAAUAUAAAUGUUGUGAGGGUCUUUGCAUAUUUUCGAUAAUAAGUGUAAAAAUUUUAAUGAAAUAAGUGAAGUGUUCAAGAGCGUUGCUCAAAUGGCAGCACUCCAAAGGUGGAGGGUAUGGUAUAAGUUUGAGGUUAAUUUUCGGAAUUUGUUAUUUUGCUACUUUAAAUAAAUAUGAUCUUAUACCAAGAACUUUUUUUCUAUUCUAAAGUGCCUUUUUUGAAGAAUUUACUGGAAUUUGGAAAUGGUAUUUUAAAUUUACUACUUAUUUAUUUAGAUAACUGCUAAUAUAAAUUGCAUUCAUCAAAGAUGGAUCAUUACGAUUUUUAUAUCUCUUGUUAUGAAUGCUUCUGAGGGUAUCAGUUACCAUCUGACCCAUAUAUUGGCGAGUAUGAUAUAUAUUGCCUUGAAUGCACUCGUAAAGUUUGGGUUUGACUUACCAUAAUUUGGAAAGGUGAUUUCGUU